AUGAAGAUGCUGAUGUCUGACCGCGGCGUCCAGAUGCUCGUGACGACGGUGGGCGCGUUCGCCGCCUUCAGCCUCAUGACCAUCGCAGUGGGGACUGACUACUGGUUGUACUCGCGCGGGGUCUGCCGCGUGAAAAGCAGUGGCGACAAUGAUACGAGCCGCAAGAAUGAGGAGGUGAUGACGCACUCCGGCCUCUGGCGGACCUGCUGUCUGGAAGGAACCUUCCGAGGUGUGUGUAAGAAGAUCGAUCACUUUCCGGAGGACGCCGACUACGAAGCAGAUGCCGCCGAAUACCUCCUGCGUGCUGUGCGUGCCUCCAGUAUCUUCCCCAUCAUGAGUGUGGGUCUGCUGUUCUUGGGAGGACUCUGUGUAGCCGCCAGUGAGUUUUACCGCAGCCGACACAACGUCAUCCUCAGCGCAGGAAUCUUCUUUGUCUCCGCAGGCCUCAGCAACAUCAUCGGAAUCAUUGUCUAUAUUUCGGCCAACUCAGGCGAUCCGGGCCAAAGCGACAGCAAGAAAUCCUACUCCUACGGCUGGUCCUUCUACUUUGGCGCUCUGUCCUUCAUCAUGGCAGAAAUGGUGGGCGUGCUGGCCGUGCACAUGUUCAUCGAGAAGCACCGCAAGCAGCGAGCCAAAUCCCGCACCGAGCUGAUCAAAAAGUCGGCCUUCAGCCGCAUCCCCUCCUACCGUUACCGCUUCCGACGCCGCUCCAGCGUCCGCUCGUCGGAGGUUCCAAGCCGCGACGCCUCGCCGCUGGGUAAAGUGGGUUACACCGGGCCCGGCGUUUCCGAGAUGCCCAUGUACACGCUGAACCCGCGCGAGGCGGGCAACGCCGCUACCAAGUCCAGCCUAGCCGGGCUGCUCAACUCUGAGAGGGAAUUCCUCCAGAGUAGCACGCUCACUAAAGACUACACAAAGGACCCCAACCGCAGGACCACGCCUGUCUGA